ACGUGAUGUAUUGUAGUUAGUUACUGUGGCGGAAGUUUUAAUAUAUUAGUUAUUGUUUAUGAAAUAACUGCUGUACCUAAUUCUGGUGUUUGGAAACGUAGAAUGUGGUAUUAAAAGUCGAGUCUUUGUUAGUGCAUAUUUGAGUUACAACUACUGUUUGUAGAUAUCGUUGUUAAAUACAACUAGACUAUAAUAUUUGAGUCUGUUUGUAUCAAUGGCGUAUUUAUUGAAUAUUUCUUCUUUUCAGGCAAAUUCAGCACACUCCCGUAGAUUAAAAAACGCACCCCUCAAAUUAUCAACGAUGGCGCCACUGCGGUUCGGUCACGGGCUCGCCGCUGCUCUCACAUAUAAUACCUUUCUGGUGGUGCUGCUAUCAGUCGAGUUAUUAGCGUGGGGCAGUGACGCGGCUGCCUUCGCAAACUGCCCUAGCGGCUGUAGCUGCAACGAUGACACACUAGUGGUGGUCUGUCAGGAGAGCAGGCUGGACGUCCUCCCCAUCGCACUUAACCCCUCAAUCCAGCGACUGAUCAUCCGCAACAACAAGAUCAAAACCAUAGAUAGCUCCAUGCAGUUCUACGCAGAGCUCCAACACCUCGACCUCUCCCAAAACCACCUCGUCAAUAUACCCAAAAAAAGUUUUGCAUAUCAACAAAAACUCCAAGAGUUGCACCUAAACAGCAAUAAACUUUCAUCAAUCUCCAACACCACCUUCCAAGGAUUAAACUCUUUGACCGUUUUAAAUUUAAAACGAAAUCUGCUGGAGGAACUCACUAAUGGUGUGUUCUCAACUCUUCCGAGGUUAGAGGAACUUAAUCUUGGACAGAACGGAAUAUCAAGGAUAGAACCUAGAGCGUUCGCCGGAUUGUCUGCCUUAAGAAUAUUAUAUUUAGAUGACAAUCAACUUAGUUCAGUGCCUACGACUUCCUUUAGUCUUUUAGGAAGUCUCGCAGAGUUACACGUUGGCCUUAAUGCGUUUUCCUAUUUACCAGACGACGCCUUCGCGGGUCUAAAUAGAUUAACAGUAUUAGAUUUGAAUGGAGCGGGACUCUUCAAUAUAAGUGAGGGCGCAUUCAGAGGACUUCCAGGACUGAGGAGUCUCAAUCUCUCUGGUAAUAGAUUAAGUGUAGUGCCGACACAUCAAUUAUCUGGACUCACUAGGUUAGAAGAAUUAUAUAUCGGUCAGAAUGACUUCUUGACAUUAGAAAGCCAUUCAUUCAAAGGUCUGAAAAAUUUAAAAUUACUAGAAAUAAUAGGUGCCACCCAACUGGAGCGCAUCGAAAAAGGAGCAUUCGAAGAUAAUAUCAAUUUAGAAACAAUAAACUUUAUUAUAAAUAAAAGGCUGGCGAUCAUCGAAGACUCCACAUUAUUAGGACUACCUAAAUUAAAGCAUGUCUCAUUAAGAGACAACGCUAUCGUAACUCUCAGCGACACUGUAUUCAUUGGCAAGGAACUUAAACAGCUCGACCUGAGCAACAAUCCAAUUUUCUGCGACUGUCAGCUUCUCUGGCUUCACGAACUGCUCAACGAGAAGAACAACUUUACUCAAGUACAAUGCGCCGCCCCCGACCACCUCAAGGAUAAGCAACUCAAAGCGCUCAACGCGGACGAUCUGGGAUGCGUUUUACACGAUACGCGACAGAACACCAUAAUCUGCAUAGUGGUAGUCAUCAGCGUCGCCAUCGUCGUCGCGCUAGUGCUGAUACUGUACAGAUACCGCAAGAACAUGCAGGAGAAACUGAAAGAUUACAAGUGGAACAAGGGUCGCAAGAACCUCGAGUACCAUAAGCCUAUCUCGACAGAAGAGGACUGCAUAGUGCGCGGCAUCCACCCGUCUCAGUACCCAGCGCCGCCGCCCCACGUGCCCGGCCUCAGGCCCAUUCCGGUGACGGAGCUGUAGCUAGAGCUUUACGCCUCUCCGAGCGUGUUCUUCAUGUCGGGCGGGCAGGGAUCCGCGCGGCGGCCGCAGCGCUCGGGGGGCGGCGGGACUCUCCCCGCCAACGGAUUCACGUACAUAGGCGGAGACCGCGCGCCGCCACCACCGCUCACGCUCAACAACGGCGCGCCUGCACACCAUCUCAACAACGGGUCGCUCCGCUCGCUGCCCGACAAGAAAACUAACCGGAACGGCGUCCUGUGCCAUCCGGAGAACUUCCAGCGAAACCUUGACACGCGCUACUCGCGAAAGCAGGAAAACGGCUACCUGCGUAAUUCUGAAACGAUAAUUGGGUUCCCGCAUACGAGCGGCGAGCGCGAGUACGACCGCGAGCGCGAAUACAGCGAGCCCGAGUAUUCGGUGAUACCGGAGGGCGGGUACGGGCGCGGAGAGUGCGCACGCGCGUGCGCUCAUUCCAACACCUUCAACUGUUGAGUGCGGGGAUGUUCCCUGAACGUUUGUGAUCUUGUAAUAGUAGCAAUAAAUCUUCAUUCCAUUAAGUUUUACGAGCGGACCGAUGUGCUGGAAGUAGUGCUCUAGAGCGUUUAGUGACAUUAGCAUCUCGGGCCUUGUGUACGUACGGCCGGUGAGGACUAUCCUAUAUCGUAAUUGGGUUUAAAAGAGUACCUUAUUUGUAAAUUAUAAAUUUAAGUAGUGAUGGAUCUAUUUUUCAAUGUGUUGUCGGGAAGUGAAAGUGUGACUUUCAUGAAGAGUCCGAGGUACAAUGUACAGCUAGUCGGAGUAAGGUAGCGAGUAUGGCGGUGGCGACUGUGGCGCCCUCCGCCAUCCUCUUGUGAUUUGUAAUAUUUCUACCAGUGCGGUGGAAUUUGUAUUUGACUUUGUACAAAAACCAUUCCAUAAGAAAUCUUUUUAAUGUCUAAUAUUUUAUUUAUAAAUAAACGAAUAAAGUAAGUGUGCGUUAAAUAAGACACCAAUAUGAGAAAUAUUAGAAGUAAUGAAUGUAAAUAUAUUUAUACUAUAUUGAGAAAUUUAUAAAAUUUAAUACGAUCUUGUUCUUCUAAAAUUAUUAAUAUAAUUAUUUCGGUAUUUCUAAACCUAUUGUUUGCUAUAAUAUCGACUGAUGUCCUAUCUUUGAUAUUUUAAUUGAAAUCUGUCACUACUGUAUAUCUCACACGGAACUUAAUUGUGUAGGUAAAGAACCAUUAAUGUGUCCAAAUUACAAUCACUAAUGAGCCUGCGCCGACGAAAGAGUUUGGUCUUCAAAUGAUCAAAAACCACAAUAGGAAAUCUCUUUCGCUUUCUUAAAAAAAGAAAAAGUGGUCGUUAAGAUUACCUAAGUCCAUAUCGUCUACGUUUGCAAUGUUUUUUAAUUAUUCCUGUUAAUAAUGCAUAAUUCAUUUCAAUAAUUUUCGUAAAAUAAACCGAGUCCAAUCUUUUUAAUCUUAUGUAAUAAUAAAACCGAUUUCAAUUGUUACAUAUUGUUAAUAUGUUUUUAUGUAGAACUAUUUUACGCUACAUAAGUAUGUUCUGCAGUUUAAGAGUUGGUUCUUGCCAAGCGGAAAUAUCCAUGCCUACCUUUUUAUAAUAUUUAUUGAAAAAAAUAUAAUAACAAUAAAAACUAUUAUAUAUAAAAGUUCCAGGUUAUUUAGAAAAACUUUGAAGAGUUCCAAAAAUGCGAGGAGUUUUAUAUUUAAGAAUAAUGGAACGAGUAAAAAUAUAAAAACAUACAUUUCAUAAAUGUACGCGAAAUAGACUUUCAAUUUACUGCAUAACAUAACUUGUCUUAUACAAUGUUUGAUAUUUUGGAAGCUGUCA